UCAGUCUGCUGCUGCCAGAGCAUGCCUGCGCCACGCACUGUGUGCGCUGUGCACUUCUUCUACAAGCUUCCGGCACAUGGGAUUUUUACUGCAUUUUCAAAAACGGUUACAUAUAGUUUAUUAUAGGAUAUGCUAAAGCUGUGUACGGUUGCUCACUUGUCUUGGCGAAUACCGAUGCUGGACAGCAAAGCGGCGAGCAAAGUGGCAUAGUUAACAUAGUGCGUUUAACUAGUCGUUAAUGGGCUACACACUUUCCAUUGUCUACAUGUGCACAUGAAAUGACCAGCUUGAGGACCUAUAAGGAGCCAUUCGGCCGAACGACUUCUGAACCGGUGGAGGAUACAGACCCCAGCAGCUUCAUGGCAGGAAUCGAUGUUUUUAUUUUUUAUCCAACCCAGUCGAUCAAGACCAACUACCCCGUCCAAGUGACCGAUCCUCAGGAUCCCGUGACCUUUCCCCUGCCCUCCAUGCUCCCCAGGUACCCUCCUGCCGACCGGAUACGGCAGCCAGUGGAGGACGGUGAAGACUGUAUCUGCACCCCGUCACUCUCCCCAGACCUUCCCCAGGAGCUGCGGUACCUGAGCGGGAUGUGUGAGAAGUGCCGCUACCAGGCGCCAGUGCCUAAGAUCAGCGACCUGAUGGACGACAAGGACCUGCUGGACUCCCUGCGCCUCAAGCUGGACCCCAACCACUGUACCGUCAAGAACUGGAAGAACUUUGCCAGCCGCUGGGGCAUGAGCUACGACGAGCUCACCCUGCUGGAACACCGGACCCAGGGCUCGCUGUCGCACAGCCCCACGCAAGAGUUCCUGCUGCGCUACAACCAGAAGAGUGUGGGUGAGCUGAGCGAACUAUGCCGCUUCUACGAACGCAUCGACGUGCAGCGGCUGCUGCAGGACUGGCUGGAGAAGGACUGGCCGUCGCGCUGGCAGAAGACACACUGAUCCGCCAAGAUAUGCUUGUGUGUGCGUGUGCGUGUGUGUGUGUGUGUGUGUGUGUGUGUGUGUGUGAGAAUAUAACUGAGUGUGAAAAAAUAAUUGUGUGUGUUUGUGAGUAGAAAUGUUUGUGUGUGUAUAUGUGUGUGAAUAAAGUUGUGUUUGUAUGUGCAUGUGUGGGUGCAUGUGUGUGUGAGUUGCAGUGUGUAUUUGUUUGAAGGUUUAUUAAGUUUAUGUUUAUAUCAGGCGGGCUUAUCGAACAUUAUCUCUUGGUUUUGAAUAUCUCUUGAAAUAAUGGACGUUGAGGUUUUCUUUAUAACUUUGGUUAAGAAGAUAUAGUUGUGAAACGGUGCAGUUUAAAAUAAUCGUCUCAACUAUUUUUUGCAAUAGUCAUAUUUGAUUUGGACUUAUUUCUUUCUUAAUGCCAAGGUCUUUCUUUAGUAUCCAUGUCUUCUUGAUUUGAAAUAAACAAAAGAUAGUGAUGUA